AAGAAAAUACUAAAUUUAAAACUAGAUUUGAAAAAUUGAAAAGGAAAAAUAAAACGGAUACCAUCAAUCUUACAGUUGAAAAUAUUAAACUUAAAACCAGAGUCAUAAAAUUGGAACAAAAGCAAUUGCAAAAUGAUAAAGGAAGCAACCUUAUUUUCAAAUUAGAUGGUGAUAUCAAGGAGAUCAAACAGGUAGACAUGCUCACUCUAAAAAAACAAUCUUCAACUAGUAUUAGCAAAGUUAGCAUAGCUAAUGUUUCUUGUAGAAUAAAUUCUGAUGAUACUCUAAAACAGAUAGUUUUACAGCAUAAUGAUAUUCUGAUAUCUGAUAUAUCUAAUAAUACUUCAAAUUCCAGUAUAUAUCAGAAGUUGGAGACUCAUAAAUCAUUGGAAGAUAAGGGGUCGAUAAAUUUCUAG